AUGGUCGGAGAAGGUGGGAUGGAUAUGAAUGGCGGGGAGAACGACGGGAUGGAACUCAACGACAACGACGUGUCAUCUUCUGUUGAAGCGGCAUUCAACACCACGCCUCCCAGGAAUACUACCACUGGUGGUCAGAUGCGUUCCAGCAAUGCUGUUCAGCUCAACUUGAACUGGAAGAGGCUCCUUCCAACGUUGCUGGACUCUCUGGUUCUCUACCGGGACAGAACUGUUGGAAAGGCAGACCCUCUUCCCGUACAGGUUUCCUCUUGCUGCUCGACAGGAAACUGUAUCCCCAAGCAGUCGAAGCUACGCUGCUACUCGUUCUACAGCCAUAGAGACCUUACUGUUCCAUACUGUGAAUGCUGCACGUUACCACAGGUCCUCGUCCAGAAUGGCCUUUUCCCUGCCUCGCCCUCAAGACCACAAACUGCAUUUACGAUUGAUCUUCUCGACUUCUACCAAAUACUAUGGCGGUACUCGUGCGACGCCAUCACAUCAUUUUCCAGCUCCCUUGCUAUGAUGUACAGCCGUCGCGGCUUUACCUUGUGCAAUCAGACGGGUGGAAAGCAACACGAUCCCAUUCGGAAGCCUCUCGGUUUUGCUGUCCAAUGGUUCGACUGUCUCCAGGUAAUGCUGGACCGAGAAAUGUCCCGUAUCAUCGACGAAUGCAAGCCGACUCCUUCGCCCUCUGCCACAUUGUGCGAGCAAAUGCCGUCUUCUACCACCAACCACCUUCCGACCACCACCGAAACCUCAACUCCCGCUUUGCUUGCAACCGCCCGCCCCGCUUCAUAUACACAAAGCCCACCAAUCCCGAGUGUGCUGUUGAAGGAAGAGUGCGCUACCGUCUUACAGCGCUUGUGUCCAGCUUGUUUUGGUGGAGACGAGUUCGGACGCUCGUUUGACGAUGGUGGAGACAUACAUGUAGCGCUAGACGGAAACUUACACCAUCGCCAGCUAGUAUCUGCAGGCGAGGGUGUACCGUUCUACGAUUCUGAACGCUUCCUCUCCAAAUUAGUGGUGGAUGAAGUUGGAGAGCGUGUUGCGGCCGCCCGGAAGAAACCCGCCAAACGUUACACUCCACAAGUUCCCGAUGAGUCGAUAGACCAGUGUCGGGAGUCGUACUACGCUGCAAGGGGAGAAUCGAAACACGCAGCAUCCGAAAUGUUCCGUGAGCGGGGUCUGAUGGGCCUUGUGUGUCGGCACGAUGUGCCUCUCUUUGUAGCUUCAAUUGAUACCCCGGGAGAACAACAGAAGUACUCCAUUGCCCUUUUGGAGACUCUGUUUUCGUUGCUACCCAGUUCUGCAACAGUACUUGCGUUAUACGACAUUGGAUGUGUGCUUGAUAGAAGUAUGAACACGGACUACUUUUCAAGGCUGCAACUGGCGACAAGUGUUAUGCAUGCCUAUGGCCACCAAUGGCCAUGUCAACUGAGGUUCAACCCUCAUCUGAAGCCUGGCUUGGGUCUGACUGAUGGGGAGGGGACAGAGAGGCUCUGGGCAGCACUCCGAAAGUUAAUAGGUCCCGAGAGGCAAUCUUCGGCUGCUCGCCGGAAAUGGUUACUCGAUCGAGCCUUACAGCAUCUUGCCGAAGAGCGACAACAGGAACUUGGGACUUGGAUGACAACAAAACUACACGACAACAUUGAGGUUAAGGAGGCCGAGGCUGAGAAGAUGUUAUUGAAAGUCUGUGUUCCAGUGGAAGAGCUUCGGGUGCAUUGGGAGCAACAGAAGGAAGCACAGACAUCAGUUCGCUCUCAUGCACCAAUCCGCCUGAAGAAGGAGCUCGGGAAGGUUCUCAAGCUUCAGUCUGAAGUCGAAGCGCUCGAAGAGACAAUUGUCACUACCAAGCACGCCGUUAAGCACCUACCGUCCGCGUCGGCCGAUGCCAUCGCCACACUGCCUUUGCUUGAGAGUGCUCACGCCGUACUCAAAUCAAGGUCAGAGGACCUCUACCUCUCCCUCAACAUCUCCGAAGGUUUCCCAGAGCUCAAGAAUGUCCCAUUCGAAUAUCUCCAGCUCCUAUUACUCGCACGAGACCUUAAAAUCAACGUCCGGAAGCGGUGUAUCGGCAGCUUCUUUGAAUGGGACAAGUUAGACCGUGCUGUCGGUGGUCGGGACUUCGCCCUCGGAACGAAAGCACAUCAACUCACCCGCAAAUCAAUAUCCAAACGAGCCCCAGCGCUCCAAAGUGCCAUUAAGAAAUACAACCAAUACGUGGACAAACUAAAAGCUCUACACAAGCCAUCCUAUGCGAUUCCGAUCCCGAGGUCUCUUCCGGUCGAACUUGCAGCUCUACGUGACCCAGAGUCCUCCUAUCUGUGGGAGGACGUCUGGAUUGCUCGUUCGGACAGUGAGGCUGCCCCACUUUGGCUUGUCGAUGAGUCCGUUCGUUCUGGGAUACGAGCGAUGUUGACUCUCGAUCGUUGUCGCGAGGAAAGGGUGCGGCUUGAGAGUGAGGCUAGCAACAUGUGUAAGUGGUAUGGCCAUGAAUUUCUUGGUAUCGAAAAGGCCUAUUCUUCAGAGAAAUAUCAGAAGUACAAGACGAUAUUCAAUUUACUGCUGCUAGAACAUUCGCGGCUCGCUCUUCGAUGGGUGAAUCCCUACUUGUCGCUCUCUCAACUACAAGGAGAGGUUUUACGCCUCCGUAACAUCACGCCGUCAAGUACAACUUUUGCAGCUACUUCAAGUCAAAGUCCCGGAAUCUUGGCUUCCAUGUCUCCGGGCUCAACGGACAGUACGCUGGUCGAGGAGAUGUAUGACGAGGUCGGGGCCGAUGAAUUUGACUUGGGUGACGAUACCGCGGACCAUUAUCUGGCUGAGGUAUUGGAUGGAGGUGGAGCUGACGAUGACGACGACGAUAGAGAGGAUGAUAAGCAGCGAGAGGGACAGGCUCAUACUCCAAACCACUCCAUAAAACUGAUAUGGGAAGUGCCAUCUGAUCUUCCUAUUGACUCGGAACUCCUUCCUCUCAGCAAGUCCUUUCCACAUUGGGCGGUAGUAGGCGGAAUGUCAUCCCCUCAUGUCAUUUCCAGCACAUUCGGUGCUCGACACGUCUUCAUGGCUGGCGAACUCGUUCGGAUGGACAGUAGCACAUGCCGUCUCUGCGCGGAAUGUGUGAAUGGUUGUGCUGCCAUAUUGCAGGAGCUCUUGGCUAAGGAUCUCUCACCAUGCGGCACCUUGAUAUCAUCACCCCAUACUGUACGAGAUGUGGCAAUUUUCUCGACAUACCUUGUUCCCAAGGUUUUCUCCGACAUUGACAACGCCGCUGUCUGGCGUCUUACAAGAUCGACCCAGUAUUGGAAUGCGUCGACAUGGAUUUUACCAAUCCAUGAUGAGGACUUGGAGCAUUGGAUUCUGGCCGUUAUCUGCUUGAAGUCGAGUCGCAUCCUUUUGUUCGACAGCAUGGGAUCAGAGAGCAUUUGGGAGGAUUGGCUUCCAAAAAUCAACACUGUCAUUAACCGCCUAUUUGCAACCGCCAGCGAAAAGGGCCACACAGUGGCACCCCCAUCUCAUCGUUGGAUUGCCCGGCCCCUAACGGUUCAACGCCUUCAGCUGAAUGGACACGAUUGCGGGGUCUGGAUUCUUUUUGUCAUGGCAGCAGUACUUCGUGGAAAGAAUAUACCCGAUACCACGGAGAAGGAAAUCAAGGAGUUUCGAUCUUUGCUUGCGAGGCUGAUUCGUUAUUUACCGCAGAUGGAGAUGGUAUCGGCCUCGGAUGAUUCUGUAGGCGACUUUACAAUAUUGUGA